UCUGCUCGAAACCGCCGAGGUGCGAUGAAAACGUUCAGAAUCGAUUCAAUUGUCCACCGGAGCACUCCUGCUUGACGUAUUCAGGAUUAAAGGUUUUUCCAGCCUCCAGGACUACACCGUUGACACAGUUCCAGGGUGCCCCCAAAUCCAGGACAAAAUGGUGUCCGCUGAAACGAUUGGUUCGAUAUUCAUCAAAGUGUUCAAAUUGGCACUCAACUUGGUGAUCCUGAUCAUCUACCGCACCGGUUAUGGCGGCGACUUCCUCGGCGUCGGUGGCACCUGGAACCUCAAUGAGGAAAAGAGUCCCGAUGCGGAAAUCGUAGCAUCGGGAGUGUUCGUCGGUUACUUCAUCUACACCUCGGUCCAGCUGAUUACGUUCUGCUUCGGAACGACCAAGCUGAAGCGCGAACUGUCGGACACCAUCAUGAACGUGGUCGGAACGUUUAUGUGGAUCGCCGUCGGUGGCACAGCCCUGCACUACUGGCACGGAUUCCAGCCCGAGUAUGACUUCCAGCAAAUUACCUCGGAACGGACGGCUGGUCUGGCUAUGGGAUCGCUCUGCGUUGUCACCGGUGCUCUCUACCUGGCCGAUUCCGUCCUGGCGUUCAUUCACUACGCCAAGCACGAGAACAGCAAGUACUAAAUUGAGCAGGAGUACUUCGGCAACUUCAGCACAUUACCCCAGCAGGGCUAGAUUGUAAGCUUGAAAUAUUACGUUUUAUCAUGAUGAAGAAGUCUCGGCGCAGACUUCGAAGAGGGUGGCCUUUUUAGCACGUAAGGAGGAAAAACUGUCAUUAUUCAUACGUAAUUUUUGGUAGUCCGAUAAGGAGAGAAGACGAAGUGAAAAGUUUCGUUUCUAGCGUUUAGGUUUUUUUUCCUUUUUUUGUUUUACUAAGUUUACAAUUUACGACAAUUUUUUCAUAAGUAUACCAAAUAAAGGUAGAUUAAGAUUAAAUAAGUUUCACUGGAAGUUUUAAUCGGCAAAGCUACACCUUCAAAUUGCAAUAGAGUGGAUAGUAGAGAACAGAAACGAACAACCCACCCGAAGAAAUAUAACAUAUAAAUUCAUAAAAAUCAACCAGACAACUACACACUAUUUGGAAUAAACCGUACUGGAGCU